AUCAAGCCCGCCCAGACCGAGAGGAACACCGAGACCGAGCCUUAGGUUUGGGCUAGGGCUUGGGCAUGAGCUCAUCGUGCCGGGAUUAUUGAGGUGCUCAGGGGACUUUUGGGUCCUGUUUCGUGAACAUCUGCACAUGAAUAUCGAACUUGCAAUUCUACGAGUGAUGCGUAGUUUCAAGUCUGUUGUUGUGGGUGAAGCUGGAGUACUUGGGUAUGUUUUGUUUUAUCUGGGGACGCUGUAAAUCGCGUAUUCUUUGAUCACGGGAGAGGUUACCAUGGAGGGUACUCUGACUAUUGCUGCGAAGACGAAGAGGGUGGAUGUGGAUAACCGGCUGCCGUUGAAGUAUUAUUACCGAACGGCGGAUAAUCUUUUGAAGCAGGCUCGUGUUUACCGGGAUGAGGGUAACGUCAUCGAUUACUACAUUUUGCUGGUUCGAUUUUCCAGUUUAGUGUCUGAGACCAUCCCCAAACAUCGCGAAUACCGGUUGUAUCCAAGGGAACUUCAAGACUACAUCAGAAGAUUUCGAGAUGUUAUCACGGAGCUCGAAAAGCUGCAGCCUGAAGUUCGGAAGCAACUUGAUCUGUACAACCAGCGUUUUCUCAAGCCCACGGCGCCUUCCUCACAGAGCUUGCCGUCUUCAUACAGCACUCCUUCCCCAUUCAGCUCUCCAUCAUAUGUCACUCCCUCAUAUAGUUGGCCUUCCUAUGACAAUAAAACGUUGAACACUGAGGGUUCUUAUGAGAGGAGCCACUCGUUCUCAGGAGUAAAUCAAGAUAAGUUUGGUGGCAAUGGAACACGAGCCCAAGUCCCAGGUUAUGCUGCUUCAGGACCUGGAGAUUAUGCGCUAGGUUUAACUUACAAUAGUACUUCUCUGGAAACUCAACUUAAAAAUUCGUCCCUGAACAUUCCAAGGCCCAAGGAGGAAACACUUUCCAGACACUCUAUCCUUGGACCGAGUACGCAGCGACCACGGAGAGAGUCGGCACCUCUUAAAGUUCAAUAUCCAAGCCAUAUUGAUGCUACACCAAUUGAGCUACCAAGCUUUUUCCAGGACUGGAAUGCUCCUGCUCAAGCUCCUACCGCGUCUACCAGUGUGUCUUCAACUGUUGCCGCUUUGGAAUCUUUAUCAGAUCCCGCCCUUUGGUCCGGUUCUCAGUCAUCCGUGACAGUAGAUGUUGCCCCUCCAGUUACAUUGGUCAGACAGCCUUCUCCACCUCCUAUUGCUGCUCCUGUACAAACAGUGCAAGCUGUGCUUGACACACAUGAUCACUCCCAAAGUCAGUUGUCACCUGACCUGGUGGCUGAUCCUCGUCCUGGAUCACCACAACCUCUAGACGAUGAUUUGUCCAAAGGACCUAAGCGCUUGCACAUUUCCACGAAAAUGUUGAACGAAUUUAUGCGACUGUCGAAAGCAAAUACUACUCGAAAUCUCGAGACAUGUGGGGUUCUUGCAGGGUCCUUGAAGAAGGGCGUUUUUUACGUUUGUACUUUGAUCGUUCCAAAGCAGGAAGCCACAUCCGACUCCUGUCAAACAAUUAAUGAGGAGGAAAUAUUUGAUGCACAAGACAAGCGAAGUCUUUUUCAGCUUGGUUGGAUACAUACACAUCCGACACAAUCGUGUUUUAUGUCCUCCAUUGAUCUCCAUACUCAUUACUCCUAUCAGAUAAUGUUGCCAGAGGCUAUUGCUAUAGUGAUGGCGCCAACUGACAACUCUCGACCUUACGGUAUUUUCCGCCUAUCUGAUCCUGGAGGUGUAAAAGUUAUUCAGCAGUGCCAAAAGCGUGGUUUUCAUCCCCAUGAAAAUCCCCCAGGUGGAGGCCCCAUCUAUGAGUGGUGCAACCAUGUUUAUAUGAACCCAAACCUACAGUUUGAUGUUAUGGAUCUACGAGCACAAUGAUAGGCACACGAUCCAAUUUGUGCAAUUAUCUGCAACCGAGCCAACAAUGUUGUACUCGGGCAUCGUUCUGAUUUUAUGCUGCUGUGUUGCAGUAAUUUUUUCUAUCAUUUAAAAAGGAUGCAGAGGUUUUCCACGUCCUAUAAGGAUUUUUUUUU